AUGUCACCCCUGCCCUUUCCUUACCGCUUGACCCCAGUCGACCAUGUGGUCGCCAGGGUUCUCAAGGAGGCCGACAUCCCCGCCUUUCUCUGGGGAGAGCCAGCCGUUGCCGUGUAUGGAACAACCCACAAGAUCAAGGAAUCCAGCUGGGUCAUCGACGAUGAUCUGCUCCUCCCUGCCAUCUUCGCCCUCCUCGACAGCGGCCGAUUCGCGCAGCCCGAAGAGGCCAUCCCACCCCAAGACCUCCCGCCGCCGGCUACAGGGGAGGUUAUCCCACCACGGGCCGAAUGGUAUAUGUCCUUCCCACCCGUCAUGCCAGGCCCGGUGCAGGUGGGAUUGUACCGCCAGUCGCUGAUAUUCUGGUCGUUCCCGAAGCUGGACUACAACCUCAUUCGACAGGACUUCUACAUGUCGGCAACGGACGAAGCACUGGGCGCUAUGCCAGCCGAGGACUACCAGAUCGACGACAAGGAGUAUCCGGUGAUGGUCGUCCGGCCCGCCAAGUACCUGGAAGGCACCGUGCUGCUCAUGAUCCGAGACUUCGCCGGGUACGCGACCUUUUCCUACUGGGCACAGACCGUGGUCAGGAUGGUGCAUCAGCUCCUAGUCAAGGAAGCUCGGCCCCAAUUGACAUGGGACGAACUGGAGGAGCCAUUCCACGAGUAUCUGCGCCGAGUGCAGAAUCCCGAGUACGGCGACAGGAUCGAGUGUAAGGAUUACCGUGGGUUCAAGAUGAUACACCGCCUGUUUUACAGGCUCAAGCGGAGCGGAGAGCUCCCAAACGGACAAGGCCACAGGAUCGAGUGUUUCAACCGCGAGUUGUUCUUGUUCCGCGCCAGAAGACUGGAGAACGACUUCCGGCCCGAGUGGAUAGACGACCCCUUCCCCGACCGAGACCCCGAGCUGCUGCUGGGAUAUUACGGACUGCAGGCCCUGCUGGCCCCGUGGACGUUCAGAGACAACCCCUUCAUUGAGGUUCGGGGUGGUUGGCUAUGGUCACCCGAUAUUGGGAACUUCUAG